AUGUCACAACUACACCUUAUCAACCCCACCGACCUCCAAAACUUUGUCACCCAAAUCCUCAUCGCAAAUGGCACCUCUAGCACCCACGCAGACAUCGUCUCCAAAUGCCUUGUCUCCGCCGAUCUCCGCGGGGUAGACACCCACGGCAGCAACCGAAUCCCCUCUUACAUGGAGCGGAUCCGACAAAAAGCACUCGACGCCUCCGCAAUCCCCACACUGGAACAGAAAACGCCCGUGGCAGCUCAAGUCGACGGCCACAAUGGCUUUGGCUUUGUUGCCGCGCAUAUGGCCAUGGAGCACGCGAUCGAGAUGGCCCAGACCUUCGGCAUGGGGAUGGUCUCGGUCAAACAUUCGAACCAUUUCGGGAUGUCUGCAUGGCUCGUCAAGCAAGCGCUCGACGCGGGGAUGAUGUCGCUUGUUUUCACGAAUAGCUCGCCUGCGCUACCAGUCUGGGGCGGACGGGAGAAACUGAUGGGGGUUUCGCCGAUUGCAUGUGGGGCUCCGAGUGGGGACGGAACGAGGCCGUUUAUUCUGGAUAUGGCACCUUCAAUUGCGGCUCGAGGGAAGAUUUAUAAGGCGUUGCGGAGAGGAGAGAAGAUCCCCGAUGAUUGGGCGUUGGAUAAAGAUGGGAAUCGGACGGAUGAUCCGGCGAAGGCGUUGGAGGGCGUGAUGUUGCCUAUGGGGGGGCCCAAGGGGUCUGCGCUGUCGAUUAUGAUGGAUGUGUUCUCUGGCGUGUUCUCUGGAGCGGCGUUUGCGGGACAUGUUACUAACCCAUAUGAUCCGUCGAAGCCGGCUGAUGUAGGACACUUCAUUGUGGCUAUUAAACCGGAUUUGUUCAUGAGUAUGGAGGAGUUCAAGGGACGAAUGGAUUAUCUGUACAAGAGAGUUGUAGAAUCGGAGAAGAUGGCUGGCGUGGAGAGGAUUUAUUUUCCUGGAGAAUUGGAGAUUAUCACCGAGGAGAAGAGGCUGAUUGAGGGGAUUCCCUUUGCAGAGACUGAGAUUGCAAGCUUGAAUAAGGAGGCCGAUCUCGCUGGCGUUGAGCACUUGAAAGUGCAGGUUAGUAGUUAA